AUGGCCAAGAUGGUGGAGUGCGUCCCCAACUUCUCGGAGGGGUGCAAUAAGGAGGUGAUUGAGGCACUGGGACAGGCCAUCUCCCGGACACCUGGCUGCGUGCUGCUGGAUGUGGACGCUGGCGCCUCCACCAACCGUACCGUCUACACCUUCGUGGGGACCCCCGAAGCUGUCGUUGAAGGGGCGCUGAGCGCAGCCCGCGUGGCCGGGCAGCUCAUUGACAUGAGUCAGCACACGGGUGAACAUCCUCGCAUGGGGGCCCUGGACGUCUGCCCCUUUGUGCCAGUGAUGAAUGUCAGCAUGGAGGAGUGCGUUGCUUGUGCUCACGUCUUCGGGCAGCGCUUGUCGGAAGAGCUGGGGGUGCCUGUGUACCUGUAUGGAGAGGCAGCCCGAGAGGAGAGCAGGAGAACCCUACCUGCCAUCCGUGCUGGGGAGUACGAGGCACUCCCUGAGAAGCUCACAAAACCCGAGUGGGCUCCUGAUUUUGGGCCCCCAACCUUUGUCCCCCGGUGGGGGGCCACAGUGACAGGAGCCCGGACCUUCCUCAUUGCGUACAACAUAAACCUGCUGUGCACCAAGGAGCUGGCGCACCGCAUCGCCCUCAACAUCCGCGAGCAGGGUCGCGGCUCCAGCCAGGCUGGACGCUUGAAGAAGGUGCAGGGCAUCGGCUGGUAUUUGGAGGAGGAGAACAUAGCCCAGGUUUCCACAAACCUGCUGGACUUUGAGACUACGCCACUCCACACCGUCUACGAGGAGGUCUGCCGUGACGCAGAGGCAUUGAAUCUCCCUGUGGUGGGGUCCCAGCUGGUAGGGCUUGUCCCAAAGAAGGCCAUGCUAGACACAGCUGAGUUUUACAUCAAGAAGGAAAAACUCUUCAUCCUGGAGGAGGAACACAAGAUCAAGCUGGUGGUCAGCCGGCUGGGCCUGGACUCCCUGUCUCCAUUCAACCCCCGGGAGCGCAUCAUCGAGUACCUGGUGCAGGCAGGAGAGGACGACAAGGGGCUGGUGGCAAAGCCGCUGGGAGCCUUCGUGCGAGCAGUCGGCGGGAGGUCGGCAGCGCCAGGAGGAGGCUCGGUGGCCGCAGCUGCGGCCGCUCUGGGAGCAGCCCUGGGCUGCAUGGUGGGGCUGAUGAGCUACGGGAAGCGGCAGUUUGAGGAGCUGGAUCCCAUCAUGAGGAGGCUGAUCCCUCCCUUCCACCAGGCCAUGGAUGAGCUAGUGGCGAUGGUGGACGCCGACUCCCAAGCCUUCAGCAGCUACAUGGAAGCUAUGAAGCUGCCAAAAAACACCCCUGAAGAGAGGGAAAGGCGUGGGGCUGCCAUGCAGCAGGGCCUGAAGACAGCUGUGAAAGUGCCCUGCACCCUGGCAGAGAAGGUGAACAUGCUCUGGCCCCCACUGAAGGAGCUGGCACACCAUUGCAACCUGGCCUGCAAAUCCGACAUCCAGGUGGGAGCCAAAAUGUUGGAAGCUGCUGUGUUUGGAGCCUAUUUCAAUGUCAUGAUCAAUCUCAAAGACAUAACAGAUGAGAAGUUCAAGCUUGCGAUGUCACAGAAGGUCUCCGGGCUGCUGGAGGAGGCAAAGCAAGGCUUGGCACUUGUGCUGGCGCUGCUGGAGAAGCGGGUGGCCUGA